ACAGCGAAGAUAUAGUAGCCUACAAUGUCACAGGCUGAAGUUGACAUGGCUGGUCUUGGCUUCCCAAAGUUACUUGCCGGGUUCGACGCGGACUCGUUCUUCCCAGCGCGCCUGCCGCCGAGACGCAGGAGACACUCGGCAAACUCCAGGCGACAUGCCUACAGGUUGAACAAACUGCACACUAUGGAUAUAGAGCCUCCGGAGAGCAUCGCGCCUCUCACGAAAACGCUCUCGUGGUCAGCCGACAACAUCGUGUCUGAGAGCACUACUGAAGAGAAGAAGACGGACUCCACUCCUCCACUAUCACCCGACUCCAGUUCACCACCUGCGACCCAGGACUCGGACCCGCAACCGGCAGAGACCUGGACCGCGGAGCAGCCCGGUGGCGCGCGCGGGGUCGAUACGAGUUCGGAAUCGGACGACGAGAGCGCACAGAAAAAGCUUGAUUUGUCGCAGACGCUGUUUGAGAGUAAACGUAAGCAGGAGGAAAAAGAUGAAGUCGAGACCCAAGCUGUCGCCACCUCGCCUGACGGAAGGUUUCUUAAAUUCAACAUUGAGAUUGGAAGGGGCUCCUUUAAGACCGUCUAUAAAGGAUUGGAUACGGAGACCACUGUGGAGGUUGCUUGGUGUGAACUGCAGACCAGGAGGCUGACGAAAGUGGAGCGGCAGCGUUUCAGCGAAGAGGUGGAGAUGCUCAAAUGCCUUCAGCAUCCAAACAUCGUCCGUUUCUACGACUCCUGGAAGUCCACCAUGAAAGGCCACAAGUGCAUCAUACUCGUGACAGAGCUCAUGACUUCAGGAACCCUAAAGACGUACCUGAAAAGGUUUAAAGAGAUGAAGCUCAAGCUUCUGCAGCGCUGGAGUCAUCAGAUCCUCAAGGGUCUUCAUUUCCUGCACACACGAACGCCUCCCAUAAUCCACAGAGAUCUCAAGUGUGACAACAUCUUCAUCACGGGCCCCACAGGAUCUGUUAAGAUCGGUGAUUUGGGUCUAGCCACACUCAAGAGUGCCUCAUUUGCCAAAAGUGUCAUCGGAACCCCAGAGUUCAUGGCUCCUGAGAUGUAUGAGGAGAAGUAUGACGAAGCUGUGGAUGUUUACGCCUUUGGCAUGUGCAUCUUGGAGAUGACCACGUCAGAGUAUCCUUACUCAGAGUGCCAAAACGCUGCACAGAUCUAUCGCAAAGUGACCAGCGGCAUGAAGCCAGACAGUUUUUACAAAGUGAAGGUCCCUGAAUUAAAAGAGAUCAUUGAAGGCUGCAUACGGAUGAACAAAGACGAAAGAUACACCAUACAGGACCUGUUAGAGCACACCUUCUUCCAGGAGAAUAAUGGCGUUCGUGUUGAGUUGGCUGAGGAAGAUGACAUGGUGAAGUCUGGUCUUAAACUGUGGCUUCGAAUGGACCACACCAAAAAGCUUCAUGGCAAAUACAAGGACAAUAACGCUAUUGAGUUCCUCUUCGAAAUCUACAAGGACGUCCCAGAGGAGGUGGCGCAAGAGAUGGUUAUUCUUGGCUUCGUCUGUGAAGCCGACUACAAGCUCGUGGCCAAAGCCAUCCGUGACCGCGUCACCACCAUAAAGCGGCAACGAGAGAAGCUUCGCCGUCUAGCCGAAGAGGUGCAAAGGAGACGUCAGGAGGAGGUGAUCGAGGAGGAACCAGAACCCGCUCCUGAAGCCGAACCUUCAGUUUCCAACCCGCCCGCUCCUAAGCCUCCUGUUGAGACACCUGUAUCGACCCCGACUCAAGCUCCGCCCACCGUCACAGUGUCCGGCCCUGUGUCUCUUCCUGCAAACGAAUCUGUAGAUUCUGGAUUCAAUGCCAGUUUGGUCACCGAACCCGAGGAGGCAGAUGCAGACCAACAGCAGCACUUCAACAUGCAUCACAGCAGCUACUCCUCAGCGACGUCUGAUUGUGAGACAGAUGGCUACCUCAGCUCCUCUGGACAUCAAGAACCUUCAGAAAGCCGUCCUCCUGUGGCGCUGAACCAACCCUCCACAGCUUCACAACCAGCCAGUGUAACGCCUCACAUGGAAGCCCCGCCCAUUGAAGCUCCUCCCACAGAAGCCCACAUUACUCCGGCUGCACCAAUCCCAGCUCUCCGUUUCCCCUCUAGCAUCGCUGUGUGCCAAAAUCCAGAGAGGAAUCAGUCAGGAAGCGGUUUUUCCUCUCCUGUCGACAGCUACGCCUCUGAUGUCACCUCCGGGUUGAGUGAUGGAAACGAAGGACUAUCGGAGAGGGGCGGGAAGGGUCAGAGCAAACGCACGGGGACCAAGCUGCUCAGGAAGAGAUCUCGCUCGCGGUUACGCAUCACUGGGCUGUCGGAUCAAGUUGAUCGGGUGGUGGAGUGUCAGCUACAGACCCACAACAGUAAGAUGGUGACGUUUAAAUUCGAUCUGGAUGGAGAUAACCCGGAGGACAUCGCCACAGUGAUGGUCCAUAAUGAGUUUAUUCUACCUGGGGAACAAGAGGGAUUCAUCCACCGCAUGAAAGACAUCAUUCGUCGGGCCGAGGCCCUGAUGAGGAGAGAGCCUUUGGAACCCCUCGGUCCAGGAGACACACCGCAGCUGCCUUACCUGAGCGGAGCCGGCACGCUGUCUGCCUCACAGCCCAAUCUUUACAUGCACGGCCUCGCUCGCACACACUCCUCCUCCUCAUUGCCAGACUAUGCCGCAGCCAGUAUAGGUCAUGUGACCCGGGGCUCUUCCCCAACGCUGAGGGCCGACUUUUACGUUGACCCCGAUGCUGUUCCACCCGUCCGGCCGCUGCGCUCACAAUCCUUCCACACUACAGGGUCCUCUCAAACCUACCAUGGUCCUGCUCCCACCUACCCACAAUACUCCCACCCUGAUGUUAUGCCCCAUCUGCUUCCAAAUCAGAUGUCCCAUCAGUUCACCAACCCAGCCUACGUUCGCAGCCCCCACCUUCCCUACCCGUACCCUAUAGACCACAACUCCCUCAACCAAAGUCCUCUGACUCGUGUCCCCAGCAACCCAAACUUCUCCUCUUCUUCUUCUUCUUCCUCUUCUGUCGUUUCGCCGGGCGUCGAGAUGUCUCCUCAGGCAGACGUCAACUCUCUUUCGCCUCCCGUUGCAAUUCCACCUGGCCAGCAAGCGCCAGGCAUGUGGCCUUCCCAGCAGCCCCUCAUUUCCCUGGCUAACGCUAUUUCACUAGCUAUGAAUUUUGCACAGUCCUUUAUUCCACCCAACCACAUGCCUCAAGGAUUCCACCCCCAAAUGUCAGGUUACGGUCCCAUGUAUCCAGGCCAGCACGUGGGGAUGAGCAACGCUGAUGUUUCAUACCACCAGGGGGUGCUGAUGGGGCAGUAUAUGGACAUGUACCAAUACCCAGAUGCCCAUUCUCAAAUUCAAGCACCAGUUCCUGAUCUUCAAGAGGGGGGGCAAACAGCAAGUCCACCAGAGAACCUGCUCCCACCAGGGGAGCUGAAAACAGGCAUGCAGCCUCAACUCCCUGACAUUAAACAGACGCUUUCCACCAACCCAAACUCUUCUCCAGGGUCCAUAAGGAGACCCCGGGUGGACAGUCAGUGUGGUAUCACAGGGCAGCUCAGAGAGCGGGCAGACAGCUCUUCUUCAAGCAUACCCAGUAUACCCAGCACCAGCACAUCCAGCACCAGCUCACCAGCGUCAUCUACUUCACACAGUCCGCAAAACACGGUGGCCUCUUCCAACCUGAGAUCCUCCCCCAGUCUGCCAGUGUCUUUGGUCGUAUCUGAGGCGGCUGUCAGUGCGGCCAAAUCAAGACUCUCACCCAUAUCUGAAGAGAAAAAGUCUAUUGUCACUGUUGGACGAUUCCAAGUAAGUCCCAGCAAAGAGACCCCAGUCUCAUCUCCUAUUCCCACCCCCAGCCUCACGCCCACAGCUACUCCCACAUCCACACCCACUACGACCUGCCCCGCAGACACACCCCUCGCACACAGCAGCCAAUCAGACAGCAGCACAGAUCUCCAAGCGGAGUCAGAAGGAAGCCCCAGCUCUCUGAUCGCAUUCCCACUAACCAAACCACCCAGUGAGUCUCUGGCCAGCUCAGAAAGCGCCUCCUUGUGGACUGGAGGAGCUAAAGCCGUGGAGCGUAAAGCUGAGGAACCAGAGGAGGGCCGUGGAGAUGAAGAGGCGGAGGAGACAGAGAUGAGGCGGAGAAGAAUAAGUUUGAGUUUGCUGGACUGUUCAGCCGCGAGUUCUCAGUUCAAUUUAAAUAAGCCGUGGAUGAGCUACACACGCGGCACAUCGUACGCCAGCAGCGACGAGACUGAAAGUGAAGACGAAGAGAUGUACGAGGAACUGCAGGAGCUUCGGGAGAGACACCUGGCAGAGGUUCAAACUCUGCAGGCCUCUCAGAAGCAAGAAAUCGAGGAGCUCUACCAGCAGGUGGGUAAAGUGCCCCCUCCAGGGAUUGUGUCCCCUGCUGCCAUGCUGUCAAGCCGCCAGCGCCGUCUGUCCAAGAGCGGAGGUUACCCCACCUCACGCCGAAACAGCCUGCAGAGACUGGAUAUACUGCCCCCUUCAGGUAUCAUACGUAAGAACUCUGUCAGCGGCAGCAGCAGCGGAUCACAGGAAAGAGCCAAUAAAGGCGUGACGUUUGCCUCCGAUUACACCAGAAUUUGAUGUCUUUAGCUAAUCCUUUGGCCCCCUUCCUGCUCUCCUAAUGGAAAGGAAGUGACAUCGUUUCUUCCUUGUAGUUGAAAUGACUUCCAUCUGCCAAUGAACAUGUGUGCAGUCUCUAGAGAGGAGUGUGUAUUCCUUACGGGUGAAUAUUUUUAGUGGUUAUUUCUGAUUUUAACCAGUCAUAUUCUGCUUAGUAUUUUAAGGACGUUUUGCUCACCAAGUGAACUUUUACAGGAAAACGUUAUUGUAAGUGAAGGCUUCAUAUGGCACAUGUAUAUAAGAUAUAGCUGAUAUCUGUACAGAUUUAAGGAGAAAUGUCCUUUCAUUUAUGCAAGAGUUGAAUACUGGUUGUAUAUAUGUAUAUAUACGUAUAUAUAUAUGAAAAUCAAUUUUUUGCAUUUCGCUCUCCACUUGGUUGCAUUUUGUCCAAAAUGUUUUAAUUAGUUUAAGUGUUUCAUGUAAAUUCUGAGUUUCCAGCAGUCAUAAAAACCUAAAAAUGAAUUGUACUGUCAAGAAUUUUACAUUUUGCUGUAAAAUUGCAGUGUAAUGCAACGCAUGCAGUUCUUAGGGCUUGCUGCAGGUUUCCUUUCGCAUCAAGCAGUAUCAUGUGAAUAUUCUGACAAAAUGUUUUAUUGUGGAUUGCAGAGUAAUUGCACUUUGUUGCUGAAAUAUUUUUGCACACAUAAUAAUUGCACAGUACAGUUUUUGAAAAACGCCUCCCAUAACUAAUGUAAUGAAUUUCUGGUGCGAGUCUCCACCGCAUAAAACAACCGUGCGUAAUAAUGCAAAGGCUUUUAUUGAUAUAUGCAGAUAAAAACAAGCACCAUAAUGAACAUUUUAAAAAGGUGCCCUUUUUCAAAGGUUAAUGAAAGACGAGUACUUUAGUCGAAAAGAUUGACAAUCUGAAAUAUAUAGUGUUUUUAAAUGCCUAUAACAGGUAUGUUAUUUAUUUUUAGGCUCUAAAUUAUUGGGAAAAAUAAGUUCUGAUCAAAAAAUACAGUCUCCUAGUUUAGAGUUUAGUUUGAAAGAUCUCUUACCUCCCACAGUCAAAAUCUAAAUGUGAUCUCACAUUAUUUAAAUGCCUUUCAGCUCAUGUCUGCUUUAUUUUCUUUCUUUAAACUCUUCUGUCUUAAUAUUUUCACUUUUGUUCUUUACAGUAUGUCCUAUAGAGUGUGAAAUGAAGCUGUUAAUCUUAUUUCAAAGAAAAUAGAAAAAAACAACUCUUGCCAAUAAUGUGUGUAUGACACCAGUAGAGACUCCGCUAAGGCCUGCGCAGCAAUGGUACAUACAUGAAUGUGUUAAGACUGUAACUUACUGACAACUGAAAAGCUGUGAAGUUUGAACAAUUAUUGCCUUAAAGUAUCUGUGUCAGAUAUCAGCUGAAGUGUUUUUUUCUGCAUACCCAAAAGAGAUACACUAUAUGUAUUUAGAUAAAGAGAAACUCUGCAUUACAUAUUGAGAGAAAAAUGUUGUACUGCCAUGCAGGUUGUGUCUUUAUGUGGCUUUUUUAUAUUAAAGUCUGAUUCAUGAAUUAAACAUGAUUGUUGUAAAUAUACAAUUAAAUAAUGAUUCAAAGCAUACAGCUUCUUUCUGAGAUUAAUACUGUGAACAUGGACAUACAAUGAAACAACCUUCUAUUGCGUAUGACCAGCAAAGUUAACAAAUAACGUGAAGUACAGAAGUUCUCACUGUCUUGAAAGUGUAAAUAUCUGAUCCUCGUGUUAUCCUAUAUGAUUUGCAUCCUGUGUGCUUCACUGAAACUGAGAAUCUCAAAACUCACCUUUUUUUAGUCAACAUGGUCAAUAGUGCAGUAUUUUGUUUUCAAUUUAUCUCAUAA